CCGCGCCGCCCGGCCAGAGAAGGGGCCACUCGGCGCGGGAAGCCGGUGCGGGGCCCCGGGCUCCGCUCGCUAGACGUCGCCCCGCGGAAGGCCGGCUGGGGGUCCACGGCGUCCCGCGUCGAUGCGCCAUGGCCAGGGCCCUUCGGCCCCCGGCUCGCGGCCGCGCUAGGUGCGGGGGCGUCCCGAAGCGGCUGGGGCUUCCCCGGCGAGAGGAACGGGCUCUGUGAGGUCAGCGCGCCGGCCCCGGGUCACAAUGCAGCAGCCCCCGACGCCCGGGCCCGGACGCGCCGCAGACACCAGCCCGGCUCCGCCCGGACCGGAGCGUCCUCGCGCGGCCAGGGCUCGGGCAGCUGCUUCCAGCCUUGGACCGGCCUCGGCCUCCGGCAGAGCGCCCCGGGGCCUGGACAUGAGCGCCCAGGAGCCCCCGCAGGGUCGGAGAUUCCCCAUUGAGGCCGGAGACUCCCCUGGUCUUGCCGCCGCCCCUGAGUCCCAGGACAGCCCGGAGCCGGUAGCUACGGAGCAUAACCCGGUCAGGCCGCUUCGCCGCUGCCCGGGCUGCCACUGCCUGACGCUACUGCACGUGCCCAUCGACGUCUACCUGGCCAUGGGCGGGAGCCCCCGGGCCCGUGCCACCUGAAAGCCGGCAGACGGGGACGAGGCCCGUGGGGGCCACCACGCUGAGGUCGCGCUCGCCGAGCACGAGACAAUGAUGCACAUUUUUAAAUAAAAGAAUGAUGCACAUUUUAAUAAAGCACAGCAUAAACUGUUCUUUCCA